GUUUGUGUCUGCAGGAAGGCUUUCGUUCCUCUCAUCGCUGGUUACAGCGAUGACUCUCGUUUAGCUGCUGGUCUUCUGGCCACUUCCUGCUGAAAACAUGGAGCGGUACGACUCUGACACGGAGAAGGACGAACAGCAAAGGCCGCUCCUUCACCGAAGACAAGACGACAAAGUCCACAGAGCGCCAGCAUGUUGUUCUUCCCGCUACGGCUUGGCGCUGCUCUCCAGCUACGGGUUCUUCGUGGUCUACUCUCUGAGGGUGAACCUCAGCGUGGCGAUGGUGGACAUGCUCAACAACACCCACCAGUCCAGCAGCAACCACAGUGGCUCAGUGUGCACCCCCGACGACAACCCCGUACCACCCAAACACAACCAGUCAGCCGGUGUGUACAACUGGGACUCUGCGACUCAGGGAUGGAUCUUGGGCUCCUUUUUCUACGGCUACAUCCUGACGCAGAUCCCCGGCGGCUACUUGGCUGGCCGCUGCGGAGCCAAGUGGCUGAUGGGAUUCGGCGUUCUGGGAACCGCCCUCUUCACGCUGCUCACGCCCCUGGCCGCCGACCUGGGCGCGAGCUACCUCAUUGCAGUGAGAGUGCUGGAGGGGGUCGGAGAGGGUGUCACGUUCCCUGCAAUGUACACCAUGUGGGCAUCAUGGGCCCCCCCGCUGGAGAGAAGCAGACUGCUCACCAUUUCAUACAUUGGGGCCCAGCUGGGGACCGUCGUGGCUCUGCCUCUGUCUGGUGAAAUUUGCUUCUACAUGGGCUGGCCCUACGUCUUCUACCUCUUUGGUGCUGUUGGCUUGGUGUGGUUCGUCCUGUGGGCUUUCCUCGUCUUUGACAGUCCAAACAGUCACCCCCGGAUAUCAGAGCAGGAGAGGCUUUACAUCACCAACUCUCUGAAAAAUGAGCUGUCUACCUCUUCAGGCCACAUCCCCUGGCGAGCCAUCGUAACCUCUAUGCCGCUGAUGGCCAUCGUCGUAGCUCACUUCUCCUACAACUGGACCUUCUACACGCUCCUCACUCUCCUGCCGACUUACAUGAACGACAUCCUGGGAUUCAGCAUACAGCAGAACGGGUUUCUCUCUGCUCUGCCGUACCUGGGCUGUGCUCUGAUGGCCGUGCUGAGCGGCCAAGUCGCCGAUUACCUGCGAGAGACUUGCCUUUACCCUACAGUCAUCGUCAGGAAGUCCUUCUCUCUCAUUGGUAUGAUUGGGCCCGCCGUGUUCCUGGUGGCAGCAGGUUACACAGGCUGUAACUACACCUUGGCCGUGACCUUCCUCACCAUCUCCUCUGCUCUGGGCGGAGUGUCGGCCUCUGGCUUUAACAUCAAUCACCUGGACAUCGCUCCUUCGUAUGCUGGUAUCCUGCUGGGAAUCACCAACACUUUUGCCACCAUCCCUGGCAUGGUGGGACCAGUCAUAGCAAGAGCUCUUACACACAGUAACACUAUAGAGGAAUGGCAGACUGUGUUUUACAUCGCCGCUGCCAUCAACGUGUUUGGCGCUCUGUUCUACACCGUGUUUGGACGAGGGACGGUUCAGCCCUGGGCGAUCCACACAACCUACUCCCACGGAGACUGAUUCAUCCUCGCGUCCAUUCAGAGAGAAAACUCUGUAAGAAGUUUGUGCUGAUGUUGAGCAGCAGAGUUUAUAUUUUCUGACGUAGCCAUAGUUAUGAAGACCCAUAUUGUAAUGAUGUUAAAACCUGACUUAAAAAAUUCUACCUUAUGAUCUUAAGAAGAAAAGAGCUAAAAACAGUGUAUUUUUUGCUCCGUAGAGGACAGUAGAAAGGGAAGCUGGUUUUAGUUAAAAGGUUGACAGUUUCACAGCCACAGACUAAAUGUUAGAGUAAAAAAUGCCAAUGAAUUAGUCUGCAUUGUAACCAGUUAUCUAAGCUUCAUUAGCACAGUGUCCUCCAAGGCAAUGAAGCUGCACAAUCAAUAAUGUUAUCAUUGCUUUAAUUGUGUUAUUACUCAAAAAUCCGUUUCUUGGUUUUUUGGAGGUUUUUUUUAAACCAACAAAGAUCUACACUAACAAGAGGGAGUUUUUUUCCCCACUGUUUUGUGUAAAGUUUAGUAAAACAUUUGUACCUUGCUACAACAACCCAGAUGACCAAAUCUGUAAUUUGUCACAUUUUUAUCUACAUUUUAACUCUGUACCUGCCUCCUUUUGCAUAUUUGAGGUGGUUUGUUUUAGGACUGGGACUAAAGAGCCGGGGUGUGUUUGUUUUACAGGUUUUCCUUUAGAAAGAAAAAAUAUCUUAGAAAAAAAUACCUUAGAGCUCAUCUAAGGAGAGGAAAGAAACUAGCCUUAUAUCAAGGUCGCCUUAAAAAGACUUUAUAUUUCUGUUUGUUGUGGUUGCCUUUUUUUGUGAUGUUAAUUUGUUUCGGAAAUUAUGUCUUAAUGUUUACUUUUUUUUUUUUGUUUCGUUUAAUUGAGGGAUCACCGGGGCCCUCCUUGUAGUUGAUAAUGCUCAUCACAUGAGAAAAACGGGUUACAGUGUUUCUUGAAAAUAAGCUUUUUGUUUCUAAAUAAGGGAAUUGCAGCUAAACUCUAAAUCAGUGAUUCAAAGGAAGGGCACUUUUUUCUCAGGUGUUUUAUGCCAUAUAUGGAUUGAAAAGUCAAAUAGUUUGUCAAUUGAAUUAGAUCUAAUUUCUUAAAAUUAAGUUUACUUUAGUUUGUUUCUUUUUCAAUUGACAUGACUAAUUUAAACAUGCGAUAUUGAUAUUGCUUUUCACAAGUAGCACCACAAUGGGAGUAGAAAUAAUGCACUUAUGCCUUAAUUAAGACACUUAUGCCUUAAUUAAGACACUUAUAUUCCAGCUCUUUAGACAUAUUCUGAUUAUAUAUAUUUUUAAUCUUUGUUUCUGUGUUGAUAUACAAGGAAGCAAAGGGACUUUGUGUAUUGUGUUGUACUGUAAACAGAUAUGAUGGUAAAUAAUUGUAAUGGAAACAUUCCAGAAAAAAUGUCUUUAUUCACCGUCAUGUAAUAGAAAUGUAUCAAAUACAGCCAGUGACAAAUCUGA